AUGGCUGGUAACAAAGUAGUUGUCCGCCAACCACUUCGAAUCGGUGUUAUUGGCAGCAUCGGCGUAGUCCUACUGUGUGGUGAGCACCGAGCGCUGAUUGGCAGGGCGUUUGAGGGCAAGUUGCGAUAUUUUCCAGCCAAAUCUGAUAAUAUGACCGCAAAAAAGGCCUGGGACAUACCAGGCCACAUCCUGAGGUGCUACAUUGCUCUGAGAAAUGCCAAAGCCGUCGGUCACGAUGAGGAGGUCGUUGACAGAGUGCAAAAUGCGGAUAGAAUGAGAAACGAGGCGAUUACGAGCGGUGACGCCAUAGGCAAAACGUGA